CAACGAUCCCUAUGCGUUCCGAGGGUUGGAGCCAACCGGAGAGGGCCAGGCUCAUGUCGAGUUUGGCUCCGUGUAUGGUAAAUCGAGACGCUGUUUAAUUCUUUAUUUAGUCGGCCCCUGGAUCUAAUAGCCUCCAGGUCCGAAUAAUACAUGAUACUUGUUUGGCGUUAUAUUAUCGUACAUAGUAUCGUACCGUCACAUCCAAGACUACAUCAUCUACGCCGGCCAUAGCGAAUCUUUUUCAGGUGCCAUGUGCCAACACCAUAUUUCGCAGUGAUUCAGCCGCCUGUGUCCUCUUUCUUUCGCCCACAAUGCCCAAUAUCGCCAAUGUUGUCUACUAUCGGGUCAAGCCCCGGUGGUUGAUGGUCAAGAUUACCGAUGAGAAUGGCCAGUUCGGUUGGGGUGAGGCUACACUCGAGGGACACGAUCUCGCCGUGGAAGGGUGCCUAGAGGAAAUGAUUCCUAGGAUAAUGGGAAAGGAAGCCAACGACAUUGAAAACAUCUGGCAGAUGUUUUGGAGACACAAUUUCUACCGUGGCGGCCCCGUCUUCAUGAGCGCCCUCUCGGGUAUUGAUAUCGCCCUAUGGGAUCUCAAAGGUAAGAACCUCAAAGUACCCGUAUACGAGCUAUUGGGAGGCAAGGUGCGCAACGAAGUUCAGGUAUAUUGUUGGAUUGGUGGGGAUAGGCCCUCGGACGUCGAGAACGCCGCCAAAGCACGUAUAGCACAAGGUCUAAAAUGCGUCAAGAUGAAUGCAACAGAAGAUCUCAACUGGGUCGACUCUCCUGCCACCCUGGACGCAUCCGUCGAGAGACUUAAGAUGGUGAAAUCACUGGGUCUCGAUGCUGGCCUGGACUUCCAUGGCCGCGUACACAAGGCUAUGGCCAAACAGCUCGCCAAGGCCUUGGAGCCUCAUCGCCCCCUCUUCAUCGAGGAGCCUUUAUUAAAUGAGCAUCCUGAGGCUAUAAAGCAGCUGUCUGGCCUCACCACCAUUCCUAUUGCCUUCGGAGAGCGGUUAUAUACCCGCUGGGACGUAAAGCGCUUCCUCGAGGAUGCCAGCAUCGAUAUCCUGCAACCCGAUAUUGCGCACGCCGGUGGUAUCAGCGAGACCAAGCGCAUUGCUACUAUGGCGGAAGCUUACGACGUCGCUAUUGCACCUCACUGUCCCCUGGGCCCCGUGGCUUUCGCGGCCUCGAUGCACGUUGCCAUAAGUUCACCUAACUUCGCCAUUCUCGAGAUGAGUUUAGGAAUGCACUACAACACAGAGGCCGGAGAUGGUAUUGACCUUCUGACAUACCUGAAGGACCCGACUGUAUUUGAUAUCGGCAACGGCGGCUACGUGAAGGCCCCGACGGGCUAUGGACUGGGUAUUGACAUUGACGAGGAGAUUGUGAAGAAGAUUUCUAAGGAAACUCUGCCGUGGCAGUGUAAGGAGUUCCAUGGUCCUGAUGGAAGUAUCCGGGAAUGGUAGAUAGAGUAUGCUAUUACAGGCUUGGACGGUGAGAUAAAUUGUACAAUAAUGAAGUCGCCUGUGUAUCUCGAUGACAUAUGACAAGAUGUUAGUAUCACUGAGGGAAUAGAGUAUCAUAAUUAGAAAGAGGCAACCAAAUACUUGACGUGGUCAAAUAGAAGUUACAUCAUCAGAAGGU